GCAGAGGCAAAGCCAAUAUAUAAAAGAGACUGCAAAAUUACACGUUUCAGUGUAGAGCAAAACAGCCCAAUUUGCCCCCCUUCUUCCGUUUUAAAGAAAACUUAGGGUUUGGGUUCCUUUCGUUUCUUCUUCUUUGUCCUAUUUGUGUGUGAUUUUGAAGAGGAAAAUAUGCAGCAGCCUCAACAGUUGAUGAACAUCACCACUGAACAGAUUCAAAAGUAUCUGGACGAGAAUAAAGAGCUGAUUAUGGCUAUAAUGGAGAACCAAAACCAGGGGAAGAUGGCUGAGAGUGCCUCGUAUCAAGCAAAACUGCAGCAGAACCUAAUGUAUCUAGCUAAAAUUGCUGAUGCACAGCCACAGGGAUCGGCAUCUUCCCAGACACCUCAGCAGCCUGUGAUGCAGCAAGAGCAACAUGUUCAGUCUGCACAAGCUGCAAUGGCUAAGCAGCAUUCAGGUUUCUUAGCUCCAAAGUUGCCUUUCCAUUUGAAUGAUCACCAGCAGCAGCAACCUGAGCAGUCGAUGUAUCUCCAACAGCAGCAAUUAAACCAGCCACAAGGGGGGCUAAGAUCUGCUGCUGCCCCUGGUGGCACAUAUCAUGGGGUGCAAGCUGGGAUUGGUAACAAUUUCAUGAACAUUCAAGGAAACAGACAAGAUAGCUCGGAAGAUGGUGCGGGCGAAGGCUUCAGAAAUUCAGCAUAUGGCCAACAUUAGAUAGAGUGAAAGCAAGCAUGAGGGCUUAAAGGAUGUAAACAUGGCUAAUACUUAUACCCUCCCCGGUGUUCAUAUUUUGUAGAGCCUUUCCAGUACUUUUCUGCCUCUGAUCUGUUUUUAUUUUGGUAGGUGAAUACAUGUGUAGGGGAUAACUUCGGUUCU